AUGCCUUCUUUAGCAAGCACAUUACAACAACAACUUGCAGUUGAUGAAAUCUCAACUGGCCAGUAUGUUUCGUGCCUACCACCCGAGAAGAUGGCCAACGUAGCAAAUAUCGCUUACGGAGGCUGCACUGUUGGUGUUGCCAUUGCGGCUGCUUGUCAGACUGUAAAGCCCGGGUAUCGUCUAUACACAGCGAUGGGCAGUUACCUGGGGCCAGCCCUCACGGAUCGCAAACUCUUCAUGCAUGUUCAAUCAAUCCGUGAUACUCGAACCUUUGCCACACGGCAAGUUCUUGUCUCCCAGGAACGGGAUGGUCACCAAGAACGACGACCUUGUCUCACUGCUCUGAUCGACUUUCAAUUAGCAGAGAAAGAGAGUCUCCUGACGUAUUCGGCGCCACCAGCAAUGGCAUACGCAGCCCCGGAGUCUUUGCUCGAUGUUGAACAAGUUGAUGAGCACUUGGUUACUUCUGGGAAGGCAUCGUCAGAACUGGCCAGUCUCCUGGCAACGGAAGCAAGUUUGAUGCGAAGAGUCUUCCACAUCCGGCCAUCUCCAGAAGGAGUCAUGCACCGAAACCUGCUAGGCCGUCUCAAAACACCUACGACACAAGAACAUCUUACCCUCCCAGAGAGAACGACAGGGGAUUACUUCAAGACUAAGCAUAGGCUGACCAGUCUGGGUGAGCAGGUGGCAGGUGUUGGAUUUCUCCUCGAUGGUUCACUCUCGUUCACCCCACUGGCGCACUCUUCCAUGUCUCUGGAGGCAGCUGGUGCAUGUUCCAGCCUGGAUUUUGCACUGAGAGUUUUCACAAACGAGGUGGAUCUCAACGGGUGGAACUUUAGGGAGAUUAAGACUGUCACAGGAGGCGACGGAAGAACGUACUCAGAGGCGAGGCUCUGGGACAAGGAGGGGAGGAUGGUUGCCGACAUGACUCAACAGUGCAUCUUGCGUCCAAACAGGCCAAAUCUGUAA